AUGGCCACUUCCCUUGAAACAACCGAAGCUUGGUUGCAAAGGUUAAAGCGCACAUCUUCAGGACUGAGAAGAACCUGCCAAGACAUACGCAUUCAAGUCAUCAAAGAGUUGGGGGAAAAGGAGCACAUCCUUGCUCUCGAGAUCAAGAGGAAACUCGAGCAAAAUCAGGAACUAUCAGAGAGUGAACGAGCCUAUAUCGAAAGACCGACUCGAGGGAAGCAUUCAGACUAUAAGUUGAGCAAAACACACCAUGGUUGUCUGAAUGCAGCUGCGAUCUCCAAGCUUGAUGAGUAUAGUGACAAGGCUCCAUUCAUCAUGUUCAGAACUUCUACCCUUCUUGGGAACAGGCCCACAAAUGGCUUCACAACACAAGAUCUAUUCGUGCCUAGCGCUUAUCUCAUGAGAGAUCUGCCUUCCAGAGAAGGCAGAGAUGAAACCUACUGGAUUCGAACAAACAUGGUCGAUAUCCCGCUGCAGGAACUCAGAGUCAUGUUGGGACAUCAUCUGCUUUGGCGAGACAGAAUACAAGAUGAGCUCCUAUCCUAUACGGUAUCCUAUCUCUUUGCCGUAGUUCACUUGUAUCUACGCCAUCUCAAAGGCCAGGAAAUUGGGAGUAUUGCGAUGAUCAACCGCACGCGAGCUUUGCAGCCGGAAGAGUGGUAUAUGGAGGAAAUGUGGCCUCAGACAUACAAGCCAGCCAAAUUCUAUGCCGCCACCGAUCUUUGCGACUACACCGGGGUAUACUUUGAUCAUGAAUGGCAGUGUCAAAGAGACUUGCCUGGUCUGCAUCCUCGAAAAACCAAUCAUGAGUUCAUCACCCAUGGUCCAAUCAAGUAUCCGCAAAAUGACAGACUAAAGCAAGCAGCUUGGGCCGACCUCGUUUCAGCUGGAUUGUUCAAGCUUGUGCCUGAGUUGAAGGUCGAUGAAAAUUCCAGAGCCGCAGGUCUUUACACGGUUCUAAGAUACAUUCGUACUUCCAGCUACAACCACGUCCGUACGACGACCGAAGAGGAGCUUGAGAUUGCGCAGAAAAUCGCUUGGUUGCACACACGUGUGCAGCCGGGCAAAGAACAGGAGAAGAGCCGACCAAAUCUGUGGAUACUCCUCCAUGCACUUACCUUCCGCAAGAGAGCAGCAGGCGAUCUGUUGUUUCGAGGACUGAUUCGCAGACUUGGCUACACUCGACAAGAUCUCGAUGAGAACCUCCACGCAACUUUCGGAGAGUGUCCUUCCAACUUACCUGAGUUGCACUCUCUGUAUCAUCUCGCAGUCGAUGUCCGAGCUGUAGUUGGUGGACAGCCGCUGAACGUUCUGGUGCUGACAAGCACUUACACGAAAAUGUCUCUUCCCGAAGAUUUCAAAGACAACGAUGCAGCCUAUGACAAGCUUUGCACGCCCAAGUUGACUGAGGGGAGCAAUGACGGCUACGAGAUCAAAGGAAACUGCAGUGAUCCAUGUCGCUGCAGUCGUUGGGGCCCGACUUACAAGCGCAAGAGAGCUAAAGAAGCGGUUCAACUUGAGCAGUCUGACAACGCAGACGAGCCCUCGGAUGAUCAAGCCGGAGCCUCAAGUCAGACAAAACGCAGCAAAUUCAAGAGUUCUGCUUUUUGGGAAGAGCAUGAAGAGCAUGCGGAGGUUGAACACCAAAUUCACCAUCUGGACGAACAUCAAUCUCAUCAUCUAAGCGGAUACCUGCAGGACCUGUUCGACACCGAACCCGCCGAGUCUCUUGGUAGUCAUUCGAGACAGGACAAAGAUAUAAACAGACGACAUUAG